AAUGGCAAUUUUGUUCUCUGCCACAACACUUCUCCCAGUUAGGUACCCGAAGCUGAAAUCUUACAGUUAUGGUGGAGCAGAAGCAAUCCCUAGAUUAGCAUCUAAUCAAAAUGAAUUCUUAGUAGAGAAAAGGAGUUACGGUAAAGGUAAUGUUUCUUAUCUCUGUUUAUCAUCAAAAGUAGAAGAUAUUCAUACACAAACAACACAAAAUCAAGUUAGAAAAAACCCUAGAAAGAGUUCAUAUCUUAGUCAAGGAAGAGACGAAGAUGAAACUAACGGAAUUAUAUGUCCUGGUUGUGGAAUUUUUAUGCAAGAUAAUGACCCUAAUAUCCCUGGUUUUUAUCAGAAACGAAAAGUUGUACUCAAAGAUAAUGAUGAGGAUGAAGACGAUGAUGAUUUAGAGUUAGGGUUGGGUUUAAUUGAUGGAGAAUUAGACGAGGAAGAAGAUUUGGAAGAAGAAGAAGAUUUGGAAGAUGGGUUUGAUGGGAAAUUUGAUGAUGAGGUAGAAGAAAGUGAAGAAUUUGAUUGGGAUUCUGAAGAUUGGGAAAAUGAUGAUGAAGAUGAGGCAAGGAAAAAAGAGUUGGAUGGUUUUGCUCCUGUUAGUGUUGGUUAUGGUAAUGUUACGGAAGAAAUAAUAAACAAGGGUAAGAGAGUUAAAGUGUCGAAAUCGGAUAAGAAAAAGAAAAUUAGAGAAGAAAGAGCCAAAAAAGAUGAAGAAGAAAGUCUUACAGUUUGUGCUAGAUGUCAUUCUUUAAGAAACUAUGGACAAGUUAAGAAUCAAAAGGCUGAAAAUUUGAUACCUGAUUUUGAUUUCGAUAGAUUGAUAUCUACACGUUUAAUGAAACCCACAGGUAACUCUGAUGCUUCUGUUGUUGUUAUGGUUGUUGAUUGUGUUGAUUUUGAUGGAUCAUUUCCUAAAAGAGCUUCAAAAUCAUUGUUUAAAGCAUUAGAAGGAACAAAGAGGGAUUCCAAACUUAAGUUGCCAAAACUUGUUUUGGUUGCGACAAAGGUUGAUUUACUGCCGUCACAAAUCUCACCAACGAGAUUAGAUAAGUGGGUUCGGAAUCGAGCUAGAGCUAAUGGAGCACCUAGAUUAAGUGGGGUUUAUUUGGUUAGUUCAAGGAAGGAUUUGGGUGUUAGAAAUUUGUUAUCAUUCAUUAAGGAACUGGCUGGACCUAGAGGAAAUGUAUGGGUUAUUGGAGCUCAAAAUGCGGGUAAAUCUACGCUUAUUAAUGCGCUUUCUAAGAAAGAAGGAACAAAAAUUACGAAACUUACAGAAGCUGCUGUGCCUGGAACAACACUUGGGAUACUGAGAAUUGGUGGUAUUUUGCCGGCAAAGGCGAAGAUGUAUGAUACACCUGGGCUUUUACAUCCAUAUUUGAUGUCAAUCAGAUUGAACCGGGAUGAGCAGAAGAUGAUCGAGAUUCGGAAGGAGUUGCAACCUCGAUCUUUUAGGAUUAAGGCAGGGCAGUCUAUACAUAUCGGUGCUUUAAUGAGACUGGACCUAAAUCAAGCCAUGGUACAAACCAUAUAUGUUACAGUCUUUGCAUCACCGAAUAUUUCCCUUCAUCUUGGGAAGUUAGAGAAUGCCGAGGAAACUUGGACAAAGCAUGCUGGUAUCCGGCUGCAGCCUCCAGUUGGCGAGGAUCGAGUGUCAGAACUAGGACAAUGGAAACAGAGAGAACUCAAGAUUACUGGUCUGAGUUGGGAUGUGAACAGCACUGAUAUUGCAGCAGCUGGUCUCGGUUGGAUAUCUAUAGGUCUCAAAGGUGAAGCAAAUGUAACCUUGUGGAGUUAUGAUGGUGUUGAUAUAACUCUUCGCGAACCUUUGGUUCUAGACCGGGCACCAUUCCUAGAAAGACCAGGUUUCCUUUUACCAAAGGCGAUAUCAGAUGCGAUAGGUAAUCAAUCUAAGCUUGAAGCUGAAAAAAGAAAGAAACUUGAAGAGGCUGAAGAAAUGCUAAUCUGAUUACAGGAAAAUUAUGUAUCUGUUGUUAAUUUGAUUAAGUUCUUUCCUUUUCUCCUUUUUGUGGGUUUUGAUGCGCCAAAAGGGAAAUGAUCCAAGGGCAUUUUUCUUCAAGCAUGUUAGGCAGUAUCUAGAGGUAAUGCAGAAAACAUAUUAGUAUUAAUACUACUACCUUUUUUUUUUCU